AUGCCAUUAUAUUUUAACCACUGUGUAAAGAAAGCUCUUACGUAACCAGCUGUUGGGACCCUUCUCUUCAGAGAAUUUUGUUUUUCCAUAAAUCACUGUUGCGAUGAAGUUUUAUAGCUUUGGAGUCCUUGUAGCCGCCGUCUUCUUCUGUGAGCAGCAUGUCUUCGCAUUUCAGAGUGGCCAAGUUUUAUCUGCUCUUCCUACAACAUCUAGGCAAACUCAAAUUCUGCAGAAUCUUACUACAGCAUAUGAGAUUGUUCUCUGGCAGCCGGUAACAGCUGAAUUUAUUGAGAAGAAAAAAGCAGUCCAUUUUUUUGUGAAUGUGUCUGAUAUAAGCAGUGUGAAAGCCCAUUUAAAUGAGAGCAGAAUUUCAUUCAGUGUCUUGAUGGAAGAUGUGGGAGAUAUUAUCCGCCAGCAGACUUCCAACGACGCGGUCAGCCCCCGGGACUCCUCCUCAUACUACGAAAAUUAUCACACACUAGAUGAAAUCUAUUAUUGGAUAGAAGAUAUAACUGAGCGGUAUCCCCAUAUGGUUGAAAAAAUCCACAUUGGAUCGUCAUUUGAGAAGCGUCCACUUUAUGUUUUAAAGGUUUCUAGAAAGGAAAAAACAGCCAAAAAUGCUGUGUGGAUUGACUGUGGAAUUCAUGCCAGAGAAUGGAUCUCUCCUGCUUUCUGCUUGUGGUUCAUUGGCUAUGCAGUAACUCAAUUCAAUGGGGAAGAAAAUCUGCAUACCUAUCUUCUGAAGUACAUGGAUUUCUAUGUUAUGCCGGUAGUUAAUGUGGAUGGUUAUGACUACACAUGGAAAACGAAUCGAAUGUGGAGAAAGAACCGUUCUUUUCAUGAAAACAGUCCUUGCAUUGGAACAGACCUGAACAGGAACUUUGCUACCAAACACUGGUGUGAGAAAGGUGCAUCAAGUUUCUCAUGCUCAGAAAUCUACUGUGGACUUUACCCUGAGUCAGAACCAGAAGUGAAGGCAAUGGCUAAUUUCUUGAGAAGAAAUAUCAACCACAUAAAAGCUUACAUCUCAAUGCAUUCAUACUCCCAGAAGAUAGUGUUUCCAUACUCCUAUAGCAGAAGCAAAACCAAAAACCAUGAGGAACUGUCUCUGGUGGCCCGUGAAGCAGUCCAUGCUAUUGAGCGUACCAGUAAAGGUAUCAGAUAUACACAUGGCAGUGGUUCAGAAAGUUUAUACCUAGCUCCUGGAGGUUCGGAUGACUGGGUCUAUGACUUGGGCAUCAAAUACUCCUUUACAAUUGAACUUCGAGAUACAGGCAAACAUGGAUUCUUGCUGCCAAAGCAUUUCAUUGAACCCACUUGUAAAGAAGCUCUCGCCGCUGUCUCUAGAAUAACUUGGCACGUCAUCAAGAAUGUUUAAUGCUCUUGAUUUUUUUCACUCUGCUCCCACAUGUUGAUUUACUGAUUCCAACAAGACCAAAUCAUUGUACCAGUUUCUUUUUAAGUUUUAUCAAUAGUUUUGACAAAAGGUUUUCCUACUCUUUGGUAUUGUCAAAGAACAAAAUAAACGUUACCCUAAAAUGAAGGCAGACAAGGA